UGGUAAUUGUACGUUUUAUUUGUCACUGAAUUCAUCUUGGAACGCGUUUGCCUUGAUGAAAUUCGGAAAUGGGCAAAAAAUCUGCGCAGAAAAUGUGAAAAGUCGGCUUAAAUUUCUACUUAAAUUACUAAAAGUUAGGAAUAAAAGUCUGAUAUUCCAAGUCGACGUUCUAAUUAGCAAAUUGUCUAACUCCAUUUUAGAGAAUCUUCUAUUUUUCAUCUGCAGCAAAUUUCCGACAACUUCUGGACGU